UCACACGUGUGAUUUGUUUUGAUUUUGUUUUGUUGGAAAUGUCACGCAAAAAAUGGAGCUCCUUGGACAAGCCACCAAUUUCGGAGCCUGUGCUGUCGGUAAUCCAAGGAUUUGGCUUUGACGUAAUGACGCCAGUGCAGACGGCAGCGAUUCCCUUGCUACUGGCUCGCAAAGAUGUCUCCGCUGAGGCUGUCACUGGAAGCGGCAAAACGUUGGCGUUUUUGGUGCCUCUGCUGGAAAUCCUACAGCGACGGCACAAGGAGACACCUUGGGGAGCCAAGGAAGUGGGUGCGCUCAUCAUUUCACCCACACGGGAGUUGGCUCGUCAAAUAUCCGAUGUGCUGGGCCAGUUUCUGGCUCAUGAAGAGCUGGACUAUUUGAAUCAACAGUUGAUCGUAGGAGGCAAUAGUAUUGAGGAGGACAUUGCUAUGCUCAAACGGGAUUCCCCAUGCAUUCUGGUGAGCACUCCGGGUCGUUUGGAAGAUCUAUUCCAACGCAAAGGAGCUGCCGACGAUCUGAACUUGGCCGCUCGUGUAAAGAGUUUAGAAUUCCUGGUUCUGGAUGAGGCGGAUAGGCUGCUGGAUUUGGGUUUCAAGACGAGCAUCAACAAUAUAUUGGGCUACUUGCCACGCCAGCGAAGAACUGGCCUUUUUUCGGCCACACAGACCACCGAAGUGACAGAUCUGAUACGAGCCGGACUGCGUAAUCCUGUCCUGGUUUCGGUGAAGGAGAAGGCAUCGGUUAAUACGCCAGCCAAGCUCCAGAACUUCUACAAAAUUGUUGAGCCUCAAGAAAAAUUUCUCACGCUGCUGCAGUUCCUCCGAUCACCUGCUACAAGCUCUGGAAAGGUGAUGGUCUUCUUUCCAACCUGCGCAUGUGUGGAAUAUUGGGCAGAGACAUUGCCCCGGCUGCUGACCAAUCGUCCAGUGCUGGGCAUUCAUGGCAAAAUGAAGAAUAAACGAGCAAGUGUGGUCGAGAAAUUCCGCAGUGAAUCGCAAGCGGUACUCCUCUGUACGGAUGUGCUAGCACGAGGCUUGGAUGUACCCGAAAUCGAGUGGGUCGUCCAGUGGGACCCGCCACCAAAUGCCUCUAGUUUUGUGCAUCGCGUUGGUCGCACAGCGCGCCAAGGGAACGAGGGUAAUGCCUUGGUUCUCCUCCUGCCUAGCGAAGAUGCGUAUGUCAAUUUCUUAAAACUAAAUCAAAAGGUUGAACUAAGUGAACUGCCCCAAGACUAUCUUGAAACAGUCGAUCAAGAUAAGGAAAGAAAGCUCCUGGACAACACAUUGGAGCAACUGCAUCGCCUGCAGAUUGCCGACAAGGGCGUCUACGACAAAGGUAUGCGGGCAUUUGUCUCCAAUGUGCGAGCCUACACCAAGCACGAAUGCAGCGCCAUUCUGCGUCUAAAGGAUCUAGAUCUGGGCAAAAUGGCCACCACUUAUGGUCUCAUCCAGCUGCCCCGUAUGCCCGAACUGAAGAACUACAAAGGUGAUGGCUAUAUUCCACCAAAAUGCGAAGUAGAUCCCAAUAAAUUGUCGUAUAAGAAUUCACAAAAGGAGCAAGUGCGUCAGCAAAAACUCCAGGAAUAUGAACAGACAGGCAGUUGGCCAGGACAGAAACUGCAUAAGAAACGUACCGAAUCCUGGGAUCAAACCAAAAAAGCAAAACUUGACGCAAAAUCCAAAAAGGAAUUGCGGAAGGCCAAAAAACAACGCAAAAAGGACGCCCAAGCCGAGCAAGUUACACGCAAGAGAAAGCAACAGUUCAGCCAGGAGGAUCUGGAUGAGCUGGCCAGUGAUAUUCGAUUGUUUAAACGUUUGAAAAAGAAGAAAAUAACCGAAGACGACUAUGACAAGGCAAUGGGAAUUGAGGAAGAUAACUAAUGGGGAAAGUAUCUAUCUGUAUAUAGAUUAUCAUAAACAAAAAAUGAUAUACUUAUAAAUAUAGAUUUCUGAUAGAUCGAUACUUCUUACUUUAACUAAACAAAAUAUAUUUUUACUCAAUUUAUUAAAUUAAA